AUGACACAUUCAGUUUAUGUCACGACAAAGGGCAAGGGCACCCCCACAAAGGCUGCCCCUCAAUACAAAUUUGUGGAAGAAAUUAUAAGUGAAACGACAAAGGAGGUUGACAUAGCUGAGCUGGAAGACACCAUCCAAACAGUUAUCUCUGACGAUGGUUCCGGUGAAAAAUUUGACGAGGAUGACCAAACCAAGCAGGAAGAUGAAGAAGACAAAGAUGAAGCAACAACAGCCGAAGCUUCAGAUGAAGAGGAGGCUGAGAGGGAGAGCGAAACAAAAGAAGAGCGUGCAGAGGAAGAAGCUAUAGAGGGCAAAGAAGCUGAAGAGGAUGGAACAAUGACAACAGAAGAAUCUGAAGAGAAAGAAAGUGCUGAAGCAAAAGAGAGUAAUGGAGAAGAGACAACAGAAAUAAAAGGUAAAGAUGAAUCUACAAAAACAAAAGAAACGGAAGGGCAAGAUGCUGCUGAAAUGAAAGAUAAUGUUGAAGAAGAAACUGCAGAUUCUAGAGAAGAGGAAGAGAAUACAGAAGCAAAUGAACCUGAAGAACCAGAAACUACAGAAACAAAAGGCAAGGCUGGGCAGCAAGAAGUUAAAGACAUUGCAGAGGAAAAAGCUCCUGAAAGAAAACAGGGCAAAGAAGACAGCACAGAGAGAAAAGAGUCUGCAACACAAGCAAUAGCAGAAACGAAAACAGAUGCUGAACAGGAAAAAACUGCUGGUGCAAAAGAGAAAGCCGAAAAUGAGAAGCAAGCAGCUAUUGAGAAAGAUCAGACUGAACCAAGCGAUGCUACAGACAAAAGAAAUGGCAAGGAAAAGGAGGAAGACCAUGUGACUCAGCAAAAGGAGGAGUCAAAAGGAACAAGCACAAAUCAAAAAGAUGAGCCCCACCCUGUGGCUGAAGAAAUUGCAGAAGAAAGUAAAGAUACAAAGAAACCAGAGCUAGAGUCAGAUAAAGUAAAAGAAAAGGCAAAAACAGAUGCAAAAGAAGCUGCUUUUCAGGAAUUAGCAAAAGAAAGUGAAAAGCAGACAGUUAAAGUUGAGAAAGUGCAAGCAAGUGAAGUAACAAAGGUGUCAGAAACUUCAGAGCAAACAAAAAAGUCUAUCGAACAACCAAAGGAAGAAAAAGUCAAAGACAAAACAACUGAUGUCCCUAAGAAGGAGGAGAAAGAAACAAGCAAAGACAACACUGUAACAUUGGAAGAAACACAAACUGACAAAGAUAGCGGCAAAAAACAGUCUAGCAAGGAAACUGAAGAAAAAAUGGUGAAAACCUCAGAAGCAGAGAAAGUGCAAGAAAAAGUUACAAGUGAUACUUCUGAAAGCAAGAGCACACAAUCAAUAGACAGAACAGCAGAGGCCAUCAUAAAUGGCUUGGAUAUCAAAAUAGAUAAAGAAGAUAUAGAAGUUGAAACUGACAAGAAAACUACAAAAGUCUCAACACAGGUUGUGCAGAAAAUUGCAGAGGAAACUAUUAAAAGCACAGAAGAGAUUGUGAAAAUCACAAUGACCAGCACAAUGAAAAAAGAAGUGAUUGAUGAAACAAAAAAGGAAGAAAAAUCCAUGUCAGCUUCAUCAUAUACUCAAAGUGAAGCCAAAGGAAGUAUAUGA